AUGCUCUUCUGCGCUAUUAGCGGCACUGCAAUGGAAAGAAGUACGCAAGCAGAGCCCGCCUCGCCCCUGAGUAAUGCCAGUUCGAGUAAUUCGACAGUGAACGACGAUAUCGAAGCUCAGCAGUUCCAGGAGAAGGGCAAAGACUGGACGCUGGUGCAAAGGGACGGCCCGAAAGACCCAGUAUACUGCUACUAUGCUACUUAUCAUGGCGCUACAGAUUAUAUCAAUUAUUCUAGGACAAUGCAGUCCAUUUCUCGCCCGCUCGCAAACGGACCUUCACUCAUGAUGCUUGGAUUGAUGACCCUUCCAGUGACUUUUGCAUCGUCUGUCUUCAGCACUGCUACCUGGGUCACGGCCAGAAAACUUUCAUGUUUCCGAGGAAGUUAUGGUCCUACGGACUAG